AUAAUGUGUAUCCAGCCGAGCGGUUACGUAGCUUGUCGCGGAGCGGAGGCGUGGUCACACGCACGUACAAGUCUCACUCCGACCGGCGAGAGAGUUGAGCGUGCGCAUGUGCGUCGGUUACCUACUCUUUGUUUAUAAACAAAUUUAUUCUUUUUGACCCUCGAUUUUUUAUCGCGUCAGUUCACAAAAAUUGUCAUUGAAUAGUGGAUAAACACAUUUGAAGGCCAGUGAACAGAAAAAAAUGGCGCUGAUAACAGAAAAUAUGGAUCUGGAAAGAGAAUACUCUCCCAGCAUGUGGUCGACUAGGUUUCCGUCAGCCCAGGAAGUACUUCAGCAUCACAUUAACUUCGUUACCACAGCAAGCGAAGUAGUGGUGAACAACAUACCUCACAAACUGGAAAUCGAGUAUGGUUCAACUCCGGGACAGAAACUAGACAUAUUGGGAACUGAUCUACCAGAUGAUUCCCCUAUACUAGUCUUCGUGCACGGUGGUUACUGGCAAGAGCUAUCUCGAGAAGUGUCACGGUAUCCAGCACAACCGCUCCACAGAUUUAGAAUCAAGACAAUCGUUGUUGGAUAUGAUUUGUGUCCAGCCGCCACGUUACCAGAGAUCAUCGACCAGAUACUCAACGCGGCAAGAUUCGUGUUCGAAUAUGCCGAGAAGAUGGGAUCAAGAGGUGUAUAUUUCGCCGGUCAUUCCGCUGGAGCUCAUCUGGUUGCAAAAUUGCUAUCAAAUUCAGAUUUCCUCGAGAACACACCAGGAUCUCGCAGGCUUCAAGGAGCUUUCCUCAUCUCCGGAAUUUUUGACGUACGUGAAUUAGUACACACCACAAUGAAUAUAGCCAUCCAGCUCCCACGUGAAUGGGCUGUCCCGCUUUCGCCUCAGUUCGACUGCUUCACCCACCUCCAAGCGAGAAAAGUAAGGGUGUAUAUUUUAGCUGCACAAAACGACAGUCCGAAAUUCAAGAAACAAUCCAGAGAGUUCUAUGAGUUGCUCUACAACACUUGCUUAAUGCAGAACAUGUACUUAGAAAUAAAGGACGAUAUGGACCAUUUCGAUAUCGUGGAAUGCUUCGCGAAUAACGACAACUAUUUGAAGAAUUUAUUGGUACACGAUAUUCGUAAGCAUUUAUAAAUCAGAAAAAAGACCAUUAUAUGUACAAGUCGAAUAUAUAUUUGUGAAAAUUUUAUAUAAUUUUAUAAGAUUAGAUGCGCUAGAUAACUAUACAAUACAAUAUAGAGGGUAAUUCGAUUGUUUCGUGUUGAGUUUAAAUAUUUUAAACGAUUAUUAAUUAAUAAUUAUA